UCCAUCUUAAUUCAUUGAAUAAUGCGGCAAACUUAACAAUCAUGGAUUCCAUUAAGCAAUCAAGAAAGGAGUUCCUAAUUUCUAAUAGAGAGAGAUAGGGAGAGCAUAGGGGGAGAAAAAUUGGAAGCCUGAAUGAGUGAAUUGUAUCCAUCAUUGAAUCCCAUGUUUCUCCUCUCUUCAAUCCCCAUGCCUCCCUCUCCUCCAUCAAAUUCCACAUUCCCUCUCCUCCUCAAUUAUAACACAUAAUCCAACUUCUAGGGCUUUGAGAAUUUGCAUCACCAAAACAAAAGCUGAUCACAUUCAGAUUAUGCACAUAUACCCAUAUAUUUGCAUAUGUAUAUACAUAAAGAGAAUCUUAUUCGCUCUUCUUUUUAUCAGAGAAUACAAAGGCUCGAACUUUCCCUCCGAUUCUGAUACAUUGGCUUCUCUUUUGACUUGAAAACUCUCCUCCCAAGAUUUAUAAAGAGAGAAAGUCGGGUUUUCUAUUAGAGAGAGCAACUGGGUAUUGACUAAUAUUUGUUGUCAAAAUUUGACAGAGAGAUGCACGGAGAAAAAGAGAGAGAUGUUGGCAAUGGAGAAAGAUUUUGAUUCCAAGCUAAGGAUUCAAAGCAGCAAUAACUCUUCUUCUUCCUCCUCUUCUACUUCUUCUGGUAAUAACAACAAUGGGAAUGUGCAGAGAUCUAAGAGCUUCGCAUUCAGGGCUCCUCAGGAGAAUUUCAGUAUUCAGGAUUUUGAGCUUGGCAAGAUCUAUGGUGUUGGUUCCUAUUCAAAGGUAGUGAGGUCAAAGAAGAAGGAUACUGGAGUAGUAUAUGCCUUGAAGAUCAUGGACAAAAAAUUCAUCACGAAAGAAAAUAAAACAGCUUAUGUCAAGUUGGAACGCAUUGUUCUUGAUCAAUUGGAUCAUCCAGGAAUCGUGCAGCUAUUUUUUACUUUUCAAGAUUCUUUUUCACUGUACAUGGCACUUGAAUCCUGUGAAGGUGGAGAACUUUUUGACCAAAUAACCAGAAAAGGCCGUUUAUCAGAGGAUGAAGCUCGUUUCUAUGCUGCAGAAGUAGUGGAUGCUCUUGAAUACAUGCAUAAUAUGGGAUUAAUACAUCGAGAUAUCAAGCCGGAGAACUUACUGCUUACAGGGGAUGGACAUAUUAAAAUUGCUGAUUUUGGCAGUGUGAAACCAAUGCAAGAUAGCCGCAUCACUGUUCUUCCUAAUGCAGCUUCUGAUGAUAAAGCUUGCACAUUUGUGGGCACUGCUGCAUAUGUCCCUCCAGAAGUCCUCAACUCUUCUCCUGUAACAUUUGGAAAUGACCUCUGGGCACUUGGCUGCACCUUGUAUCAGAUGCUUUCUGGAACUUCUCCUUUUAAAGAUGCAAGUGAAUGGCUUAUAUUUCAAAGAAUUAUAGCCCGGGAUAUAAGAUUUCCUAACUAUUUUUCAGAAGAAGCUAGAGACAUUGUUGAUCGGUUAUUGGAUGUGGAUCCCAGCAGAAGACCAGGUGCUGGACCUGAUGGUUAUACCGCACUCAAAAUGCAUCCUUUUUUUAAGGGAGUUAACUGGAAGAAUAUUAGGGGGGAAACUCCUCCAAAACUUGCUUUAGAGCCCAUGGCACAGUCUGGUGAGGGUGAGCAUGAUAACGAUUCUUCAUUUAAUCCUACACACAUUGGGGAUGGAUCUGUAAAACAGAAAGACGGGAGUCUUGGAACUUCAUCUGCUGAAGCAUCUGGUUCUAUAACUAGACUUGCCUCUAUUGACUCCUUUGAUUCUAAAUGGCAACAAUUUUUGGAACCAGGGGAAUCUGUUCUUAUGAUCUCAAUGGUGAAAAAAUUACAGAAAUUGACAAGCAAGAAAGUGCAGCUUAUUCUCACUAACAAGCCAAAAUUGAUUUAUGUGGAUCCUUCAAAGUUAGUGGUAAAAGGAAAUAUAAUAUGGUCUGACAAUUCUAAUGACCUCAGUGUGCAGGUUAUAAGUCCUUCAAAUUUCAAGAUCUGUAUGGUACGCAUUUAUUUCUUCUAUCCACUUCCCCAAAUCCUUUUCUUUUUUCCUCAAAAAUUAUUGCAAUGCCAAUCUCAAGUUCCUUGCAUCCUAAUGGAACUCUUGGCCUGAAAACAAUUUUGAAAACAGCAUGGCAUUGUGAAUGUUCGCUAGAUUGAUUGAAAACAAAACAAUAUUGUUACUGGAUUAUAUUCCAAUAUCGACUUCUCUCUUCUUUUUAUCUUUUGUCGUUCCCUCUAUGCGCUUCCAUAUUUCUGAUUCAUAGCUGUGUACCGUUUCAGCCAAAGAAGGUAAUGUCAUUUGAGGAUGCGAAACAAAGGGCAUGGCAGUGGAAAAAGGCGAUUGAGACUCUUCAAAACCGGUGAAAAAUUUGUUACAUUCUUCAAAUUGUCAAUGAAAUUGUAGAAGAAUAUGGGGAUUCUUACAAGAGUUGAUAUCCCUGUAGAUUAUUUAUUUAUUUGAAAGAGAUUGAAGAUGUGCAUUCCACUUUGAUCAGUGUCUUAAUGUACAAUGCAUCUUCUGAUUUAGGGUUUUUUGGUGGCUGAUGUUCAGAACUUGUUUACUGUAUUUAAAAUUACAACACAUCAAUGAAAAUUUCUUUUCAUGAAA